AUGACGACCUUCGGAAUUAGUGCGCAGCAGUUGAAAGUCCAGAAUUGCGACGAUUGGAAGGGUGGAAAAGAAGGAAGCAAGGAUGAACCCAGCUCUCCGAAAUUGCGAACACAGAAGAAUGGUGGGUCAGAACUUGUACAACGCGCCCAACACCGAAAUCGUCGGGCGUAA